UGGCCGGACCGGAAGAGGAGGAGCUGGGCCUGCAGAAUCCGCGAGACUUCUAGCCGCUGUGGUUGCUUGUGUUUGCGGGACGCUGGGAGCCGGGCCUGGCGGGCGGGCUGUGUCGCGAUGCCGGAACUGGCGGUGCAGAAGGUGGUGGUCCACCCCCUGGUGCUGCUCAGUGUGGUGGAUCAUUUCAACCGAAUAGGCAAGGUUGGAAACCAGAAGCGUGUUGUUGGUGUACUUUUGGGGUCAUGGCAAAAGAAAGUACUUGAUGUAUCCAACAGUUUUGCAGUUCCUUUUGAUGAAGAUGACAAAGAUGAUUCUGUUUGGUUUUUAGACCAUGAUUAUUUGGAAAACAUGUAUGGAAUGUUUAAGAAGGUCAAUGCCAGAGAAAGAAUUGUUGGGUGGUACCACACAGGCCCUAAACUACACAAAAAUGACAUUGCCAUCAAUGAACUCAUGAAAAGAUACUGCCCUAACUCAGUAUUGGUCAUAAUUGAUGUGAAGCCAAAGGACCUGGGACUACCCACAGAAGCAUAUAUUUCAGUGGAAGAAGUUCAUGAUGAUGGAACUCCAACCUCAAAAACAUUUGAGCACGUAACCAGUGAAAUUGGAGCUGAGGAAGCUGAGGAAGUUGGAGUUGAACACUUGUUACGAGACAUCAAAGACACUACAGUAGGCACUCUGUCUCAGCAGAUCACAAACCAGGUACAUGGUUUGAAGGGACUCAACUCCAAGCUUCUGGAUAUCAGGAGCUACUUAGAGAAAGUGGCCACAGGCAAGCUGCCCAUCAACCACCAGAUCAUCUACCAGCUGCAAGAUGUCUUCAACCUGCUGCCAGAUGUCAGCCUCCAGGAAUUUGUCAAGGCCUUUUACCUGAAGACCAAUGACCAGAUGGUGGUGGUAUAUUUGGCAUCACUGAUCAGGUCUGUGGUCGCCCUGCACAACCUCAUCAACAACAAGAUUGCCAACCGGGAUGCAGAGAAGAAAGAAGGGCAAGAAAAAGAAGAGAGCAAAAAGGAUAGAAAAGAUGAUAAGGAGAAAGAAAAGGAAAAGAGUGAUGUAAAGAAAGAAGAGAAAAAGGAGAAAAAAUAAAGCAUGUAGCUUUUUAAUUUGUAAAUUAAAAUAUUAUAAAGUAACUCAGUGUGCCCCCAAGGAGUUCUUUUCACUUGAAGUGCUUGUUAAAAGGCUGUAUUAAGAGCUCUCUACCUUGGGUCACUGUUGCUGUGGCAUUCCAUGGAAGUAAAUAGGUAAGAGGGACUGAUGUUGGACCAAUGCAGCUUAGACUGUUUGAAGUUGUAAUAUGAUAGCUCAGGCUUCAAAUUGUGUGAGAAAAGUGAAGUAAGCAACAUUUUGACACACUAAAUUCUUUUAUCUAUAAAAACAGGAGUCAAGUUUACCCCAUCUCAAAAGACUUGGGUUUGGAGCAAUUUAUAAGAUUGCUAAGUGGAAUGCAUGAAUUCCACACAUGAUCUGCCUCCUGACACCUUGAGUUCUGACUCCUGAACUGUACUGAGAAUACCACAUCAUAAGACUUAACCUGUAGCUCUGCAAUUCUCAGGGUCUGGGCUCUAAUUCCAUACAUUGUUUACCUUCAAAACCACAAUUAAAUGGUUUGGUUUUUAA